AUGGUGGCAGCUGAGAUUUACUCUAAAGUUUACGAUACGAAAGUUCUGACCACAAUCAGUGUGAAGAUGAUUGAUGAGGACCCCGAGGUAAGGGACUUCAAGGUCUCCAUUCUAGAUCAGGUCAAUGUGAAGUAUGGACCGGAACAGGCCGCUGAACUAAGGAAUGAGAAGAAGUAUAUCGAACUUGAAAAUCGUAUUUGUGAUUUCAGUUGUCUACGCUUGGUGUAG